AAAGCACUUUGUUUGACAGUCAUGUUAUUGUUUACAGUUAGACAGUGACACAGCACUAGCUGUCAGCACCUGGCAACUUUGGCCUGUUAUUAGGAGAUUUAUAUUUGCUACAACAUUAUUAUUUUUCAUGUGAAAUAGCUUGUAGCAUAUAUUUAUAUCCAUAACAGUUCCACAAUAAACUUUUUAUUUAAGUUUUGUUCAGUAGUUAAGCUAGCCAGCCAACUCUCGGUGGAUCUUUGUACUUGGUUAGCUGCAUUUUGAAGCACUCCCUUUGUGCCGUCAUGGACCAAACCGACUCCUACCCAGUGAAACUGUACAUUUACGACAUGUCCAGAGGCAUGGCCCGACAGCUGAGUCCUCUCAUGCUAGGGAGACAGCUUGACGGGGUAUGGCACACUGCUAUUGUAGUCCAUGGAAAGGAGUUCUUCUUUGUGGGAGAAGGCGUCAACAAUUGUCCACCGGGUGGCACUCCCUUAGGUAAUCCUGGCUCCAUAGUGGACCUGGGUUCCACUGAGGUGCCUGCAGAUAUAUUUAUGGAGUACCUGUUUUCACUGGCAGAGUCCUCAUACAGCGGUGACAAGUACAACUUGUUUGAGCACAACUGCAACACCUUCAGCAAUGAGGUGGCUCAGUUCCUCACGGGGAAAAAGAUCCCGUCGUACAUUACAGACCUUCCAUCUGAAGUUCUAUCCACGCCUUUUGGCCAGGCUCUCCGUCCGUUACUGGAUUCCAUCGUCAUAAAUCCUGGAGGCAACAACAUAACUGGACAGCGAUAGACGGGGCUGUGCACAUUAAAGAAAACUACUUUCACAUCAGGGUUUGGGUGAUAGUGGGACACUCACCAACAGCCAACACCCUGAUCACAUAUCUGCCUGUGGGUGACAGGUUGAUCUUUUGCUAUAAGUCACUUUUAACCACUCAUCAUUUGUCUUCUCUGUUCAUGUUCUGUAUGUUCUGUAUGUUCUACACAUCAGAGUUUUGAAGGUGUGCCAGCGACUGGGGGCCAAAAAGAGUGUAUUUCCUCUCUGGAUGAGAAAUUUGGUGCAGUUACAAGUUUAUGUGUGUUCAUAAAGUGAGAGUACUUCCCCUGGUCUAACCAAAUCAUUACCUUCCAGUACUUAAAGGGAUAGUUUGGGUGUUUUUGAAGUGGGGUUGUAUGACGUAUUUAUCCCUAGUCAGUGUAUUAACUAGUAGUGUACACUGACUGUAUAAUUACCUCACACAACGCCACUUCACAACACCCAAAGUAUCGCUGUAAAUUGUUAUUUGAUAGGCUAAAUUCACUGGUAAUCUUGAGAUGCUUUUUAAAUCUACAUCUUCAUCCUAUAAGGUGCUUUAUUAUGAAGUGUGGUACAAUCGGAUGACCAGUACAGAAAUUGAUUGACAUGUACAGAAUUAGAUAUUAGAAGAUGACGAUAAUAAUGAGUAAUUUUAGCCUCCUAAAGCUAUACAGUUCAAUAGAAAUAACUUUUAGUCAUAUUUGCUCAAACUGUCACUAUAUCCUGACAGUAGUGCAUGAGACGGAUAAGCUGUGAAAAACCAUCAGGUUCCUCUGCCUCCUCUUAGGGCCCCUAAUGGUAUUUGUGAGAUACCAUCGCGCCUGAAGAAAAACAACCAAUCGGAGCCAAGCAGUCCCUAACGCGGUGUCAAUCACUGCUCGCAAAGCUCGGGGACUCUGAUCAAACUGUCAAACUAGGAAAGCUGAUCAAGAUUCUGGUACUGUAGUGCCUGUUUCUCGCAUCAAAUGUUUUCCUCCACAGUUUAUUUGUCUCGUGUAUUACUGUCAGGAUAUAGUGACAAAUCUAGCAAAUAUGACAAAAAGUUAUCAAACUUUAUCAGCUGUAGCUUUAAAAAGAUAACAGCACUUGGUAUUUAACCAGCUCCUACCUAACCAGCACCACACCAGUAAAGCCUGACUAAUCCUAUCCUCAUCUUCUCACCUGACUUGUGACCAUAUGAAUGACUUGGAAAUGUGAUUUGAGUGUAAUGCCUCUUAAAAGGUGCAACGUUUCCCCCUCGUAACUUCACCGUCUUUUUUCCGGGCCUGUAUCAAAAUACACAUAAUACUACCUGCACUCCUUAUAUUUCCUCUUUUAACAUGUUAUUGUCUGUUUUGAUUUUUCUUGUCUGUGGUCAUUAAUAUGUCAGGACUGCACUCCAGGAGCAGGGCCACAGUAAGUCAUCGUUAAAAGGAAGGAAACCACUCUCAGUAGAACAGUUCUGCUGUCCUGUCUUUAUAUUCAGUGUUUGAGAAUACAGUUUGAACGAAUCGAAUGUGUUUAGUGUGUGUAACCUCUGAUAUGCCUGCUUCAGUCAGGAACAUCUAAUGACCACAGAGCAUAGGAUUGUGUUUUUUUUGUUUUUUUAAAACGGGACCAAUCACUUGUACUUCUUUCAGUUGCAUCACUUGCCCAGACAGAUUCUAAAUCCAGCAAUUGUGCCUGAUAGCACUGAAUGUUAAUGUUUUGCAUGAUUUGUAUUUACAGGGCUACACUAGGCAUAAUAAAUGAUAUGUACAGCCAUUUACCUGCAUUAUUGCGGGGCCAUUAAUCCCUCGAAGUAAAACAAAUUCCAUAAGUGUCAUUAUUCUCAUUUCCGUUUCCUUGGAAUUAUUAUUUGUUGUAUUAAAUAUAUAUAUGAAAUACAUAUAUUUUAAGCUAUUGCUAUUACACUGUGUUAAUAAUGCUUAAAGGGUGUUAAAAAGUA